UAAACUGACGCAGUGGGCAUGCGCGCUGCCGCCAAACAACGUUUACAAUAGUAUCGAGGAGCAUAGAAACGGCGAAAAAGUUUCGAUUUCAAAUUUCGUGCAAAGGAAGUCUUUUUAGAUGCUGCUUGAGAGAAAAUUUUAAUUGAAUUGAUAAGUUUAUUUUGAAACAACGCAGUUAAACCGCGGUUAACCGUUGCAAAUUUAUUUCGACGCUUUACAAUUACAAAACCAGUUAAUAGGCUUAUAAAAAGCAAUGAAGCGUUUUAGAGCCUCAGCAGAGCUCUUGAUCUUCGCAGCCAUAAUUGCCGGCAGCUGGUCCAUUGGCACAUUAGCCGAGUCCUCAACCUUGCAAACAGCCAAACAGUGGAAGUUGUUCACGUAUAACUUCCUACCACACGCGCCGAUACACGAUUUGAACUUCUACAAUCCAUCCAAUGUGCUUGCAACCGGUAUUGCGGUCGCCUACGACCGGAUUUUCAUAGCGACGCCGAAAUUAUUCUCCGGCGUCUCGUCCACCGUCAAUGUCGUUUCGAAGGCGGAAUUUGGUGAUUCACCAGUGUUGCAGGCCUACCCAGACUGGUCGUUUUCCACAACCGGUCGCACAGAUUUCAACUGCAGCGAUUUAGUUCUGAUCUCUGUGUACCGCAUGCGCAUCGACUCGUGCAACCGCUUAUGGCUUCUAGAUGCCGGCGUUUCGCGCUCACUCGAAGACUACGAAAUCACUUGUCCGCCAAAAAUUUUAAUUAUUGACUUGAAUACUGAUCAGGUGGUGCGGCGUGUGGACUUUCCGAAAGAAAUCUUACGUGGCGAGUCGUUGUUUACGAAUUUGGUGAUUGAUGAGGCGACAGCGAAGCACGGCAACUGUGAUGAUGUGUUUGCGUACAUCUCUGAUACGGUUGAGCCAGGCAUCAUUGUCUACGAUAGUGGUCGCGAUGUUACCUGGCGCGUAUCACACCCUGCAAUGUAUCCCGAUCCAGAUUUUGCACAGUCCGAGAUACUCAACGAUCGCUUCAUACUGAUGGAUGGCGUUGUGGGUUUGGCGUUUGAUCAGAAAUUGGGUGUACUAUACUUUCAGCCUUUGGCUACUGAUCGCUUAUUCUCAGUGACCAGGGAGGUGUUGCGCGCCGGUCCGCUCGCACAAAAUGAAAUUCUCAAAGUGAAAUUGGUCGGUAGGAAAUCAUCACAGGGUAUUGGACUCACCGUUUCGCCCAUCGAUAGCAGCGUUAUUUUCAGUCCCAUGACCGAAUUAGCAAUUGCUGCCUGGAAUCCCAACAACAAUAAUCAAGUGGUGCUUGCACAAGAUCGUGAACGCUUACAAUUUGUUGCCGACAUGACAACAACACCACAUGAACCCGGCGUUUUUUAUGCUGUCUCCUCCAAGUUUCAUCGUUUCUUUUUGAAAAAUCUCAACCCGAACGAAGUCAAUAAUCGUAUACUUCGUCUGCCGCUGCCAAGCGGUUACAGCGCACCACAUAGUCCCUCGAUCGAUUUGCAUACAAUCAACAAAGCUUCCAACUACUUUGGCAGCCCAUAUAAGGCGAAUUCUCUGGAUAAAGCGAAUGUUGUGAGCUUUGGCAAUUAUGUCUACAACAGUUUGCAUACACCGGCGAAAUCUCAGCAGCCGUAUAAUUAUGAAACCGUUGGGCUGGUAAAUUUCUCUCUCCGCAAUCCCUUCACGGCACUGAAUGCGGGUGAGUCGUUCCCACCGCGCAAAGAACAACGUUCGAACGAUCAGCGUCCCUCAUUUCUGGAUACUCUGAAUAGUAGCGAAGGUGCUAUUACCAGCCGUGAUCUGCGCUACCUCGUACCCACAACAGCAGUACCAACACCAACAACUCAUCAUGGUUUACACACUGCGGUGUUACCAUUCGGUUCCGAAUACACUAUCCGCCGGCAUUUACGAAAUACCGAUGGUCAAAAGGUAAACGAGGCAGCGAACUCUACUGCCAUCCAGCAGUAGAAUGGGUGUGGGCCAAUAGUUGAACUGCUUCUGUAGCAGUGUGCGGUCUAAAGUCAAAACUUAUGUGCCUCUGCACAUUACACUAUGCAACACUUAGACACUUAUUUGUUCGUUAUGUUCGGUAUGUUGUGUGGUGUGCAACGGUUUGGGAGUUGAGUAAACUAAUUUAUGUGUGUUAAAGUUGUUAGUACAUUUAGUAGAACUGCAGUUUAUAGUUACUUAUGUAUAUACUCGUAUACAUGUACUCGCACACACAAACAUAUUCUUAUAUAUGUACAUAUGUAGAGAUACAUAAACUAAAUAAAUAUACUCAUAUACGUAAAUGUGUGCACAAAUUAAUGAAUUCGAUGAGUCACAGACCAUGGAACUCACUUAACUUCUAUUGUAAAUAUACUAAUAAAAUAAUUAUUAUGCGCCAAAUCGCCAAAUA